GCGAGGCUCGUCGCGCGAUCGUUUCGUGCGAUUGUUCCGGCCGAUCCUCGCCGUUGUUGCGGAGCUGAUGAAAAGCGAGACGGAGGAAGGGUGUUACUCCGAGUUACAUCGAGCUGCUGAAAACUGAUCCUUUCUCUCAUCUCCCCAUCUCUUUCUCUCUCUCUCUCUUCUCCCUCUCUAUCAUUCCCGAAAUCCGGGGAAUCCCCGUCCCGCCGAAUCGUCGCGGCUCGCCGAGGAGUAACAGUUCUCGCGCCGCUUCGUUUCGGGACUCGCGGAGUGUCGAGGAGCGUGCUUCCAAGAGGGAGAUCCCGACGAGGUUCCGCUUCGGUUUCCUCCUGGAAACAGGGGAUCCUCCGCAUCCGAUCCGAACGGGAGAGAAUGACGACGUGAGAGAGACGCUAAUAAUUACGAGGCGCGUCAUCCGCGCGGCUUCCCACUAUGCGCGCUGUCGCCGGCCGUGUCGCGGGAUUAAUCGCGGGCGAUAAGAGAACGCGCGCGGAAAAUAAUAGAGGAUUCUCUCUCCGGCAGCGGCGGCGGACGCGACGGCCACGAGGCGGUCAACCCCGAGCGCGCGGAGAGAGUGAAAAGAGCUGAGGAGGCGAAACGAGAGGGAAAGUCGCGCGAGGAAUCGCGCGGGCUACGCGUUCUCGAUCGCCCCCUCGAGCGUGUAUUUGUGUGUGCGUGCAUGCGUGCGUGCGUGUGUGUGUGUGCGUGCAUGCGUGUGCGUGCGUGUAUGUGUGUCUGUGUGUGCGAGAGAAAAACCCCCGCGAAGACAAUAUAUCUAUCGUCCGGCCGCGCGCGUUUUCUCGCCUUGUGCGUGAGGCAAUCGAUCGCGGCUAAUUAGCCGAUUAGGACGACGCGUGAUUUCGAUCUUAACUGACUUUUGAACGAGAGGAAGCAGCGGAAUCGUUUUGGAACGAUCGACGGGGGGAGGGAGAGAGCCCCCGGAUUCCCUUGGGGGCGCACGGGCAACGCAAAACGCGGGGGCAACACGGGGCGAUCUAUCGCUCGAAAGUUCCCGCUGGAACGGAUCGAUGCCGUUAUCACGACGACGGAGAACUUCGUCGCCGAGGCGUGGCGAUUAUCGGAUUGUCGCGGCAGCCGCCUCGUCGAGCCCGAGCCCGAGCCCACGGCGACACGACCGCCCUUAUCUCGAGGACGCGGAUGCGGAGGAACAAGAGUAGCGAAGCGGUCGUCGCGCCUCGCCGCCGCCGCCCUCGAACUGGGUCGUCGUCGUCGUCGUCGUCGCUUUGAAAUUCAAAACAAGACCACACCGAUACGCCGGUGCCAUCUCGUAUUUAAAGCCGGACCACGCCGUUAUCACGCUCGUUAGAGACUCGGUGAAAUUAAAUCCGUUUAACGAGUCGGAAAUUCACCGUCUGGGGAAAAAGGACGCUGGCGAGACAAAAGAAAUAAUCCUGGAUAAGGCAGAAGCUCAAGAGGGAGAGGAGAGAACCAGCCGCGUGUCUCUCGCCAGGGGUAGAAGGGCAAGGGAGAGGAAGAUUAUUCCAUAAAGGAGGCGGAAGAAGAGAAGAGAGCCGGAAAUUCAACUCGGUAGCUCUCGGGGAGGAGGCUCUCGAUGGCCACGGCGCCUGCGACGACGACGAUGCUGAGGUUGGAAACGUCGAGCGAUUCUUCCGGCACCUGAGUCCCCCUCGAUAUCUUCUCGCCGGAAGCAACCGUUUAUCGGAACACCGGGCACCCGGGCGUCCGGGGGAUCUGCGAUAAUCGCAUCGGACGCUUCGGGGACGCCUUCCUCAAAAGAUUUCCGGAGAUAAUUCCGCGCGAGCUCAUCGCCCGUCCAUUUUCGCGAACCGAUUGGCGUUCGUUCGGGAAUAAGGAAAGAGAGAGAGAGAGAGAGAGGGAGGAAAAAAAAGAACUUGCUAAGAGGAAACCUAGGCAGAGAUAAUACUCUACUACGUGAGGAAUCCGAGGAACGCGCCCGGGGGCGAACGGAGAAGCGAUAGAUGUUCGUGCGAUAGAGGGGCUCGACGUACUCCCGAGGGAUUUAUCGUCCGCCCUUUAUUAUCGUUCGCAUCUCCUUCGGAACGGAGGGAUGCCUAACGCGGAAAAGCUCAUCGUCCAUUCGAGAGACGAUCGAGGAGCUUGCGGUCAGUGGUGCGCGGAUGUGGUCGGGAUUGCCGGCGAGAGUGCGGAGUGACGUAUCAGUGACGUAUCCCCGCGUUUCGAAUCGAACUCUCUCCAACCGUGAUUAAUACCGUCGACUCCGAUGUGUUAGAGAACUGUGGAUUCUAUCGUUCAUCCGUCAUCGGUUGUUCAGAGGUCAGGUUACGAUGGAAAAAUCUUCGUUUCAAGACGGACGUACGACUCGAGGUAGGAACUUGGUAAUCCCGACGGAUGUAACGGGCGAGGCGGACCGAGGAUCCUAGGAGGAGGAGCAGGUGGACUCCGUCAAGAGCGGCGUGAGACGGCGCGCAAUCAAGACAAUUAAGAUGCGCCAGCGUGUGCCUUGGCCGCUGCUGCUCCUGACCUUGUCGCUGCAGCGUUUAACGAGCCUGUCGACGGUGCAGCCGAGGCUGCACAGCGAGGCGGUGCUGAUACCCGGCGACAUCGUGCUGGGCGGACUGUUCCCCGUGCACGAGAAGGGCGGCGGCACCGCGUGCGGGCCCAGCAUCUAUCACCGAGGCGUGCAGCGCCUCGAGGCGAUGCUGUUCGCCGUCGAUCAGAUCAAUCGGCAGGACACGAUACUGCCGGGCGUCACGCUGGGCGUGCACAUCCUCGACACGUGCGGCCGCGACACGUACGCGCUCAAUCAGAGCCUGCACUUCGUCAGGGCGUCCCUGUCCAACAUCGACAUCAGCGUGCUGGAGUGCGCGGACAAGUCGACGCCCAGGGUGAAGAGAACAGCGAGCGCGGGUCCAAUUUUCGGGGUGAUCGGCGGCUCCUACAGCUCGGUGUCGCUGCAGGUGGCGAAUCUGCUGCGGCUCUUUCACAUACCCCAGAUAUCGCCGGCUUCCACGGCCAAGGCUCUCAGCGACAAGACCAGUCAAUCGAACCGAGUGCAUUCCCAGUGUCCCGCUCAUCCGACCUUCAGGUUCGACUACUUCGCGCGAACGGUACCGCCGGACACCUUCCAGUCGAUCGCGCUGGUCGACGUGGUGAAGAGCGCCAACUGGUCGUACGUCUCCACCGUGUAUUCCGAGGGCAGCUACGGCGAGUACGGGAUCGAGGUGUUCACGCGCGAGGCCACCGAGCGUAACGUCUGCAUCGCGGCCGCGCUGAAGGUACCCAGUGCCGCCGACGACAAGGUGUUCGACGACAUUAUCCAGCGCCUGAGCAAGAAGCCGAACGCCCGCGCGAUCGUCCUCUUCACUCGAGCGGAGGACGCCCGUGGCAUCCUCGAGGCCGCGAGACGGUCGAACCUCAGUCAGCCGUUUCAAUGGCUGGCCAGCGACGCGUGGGGCCGGCAGCGCAAGCUAGUCGAAGGCCUCGAGGAAGAGGCCGAAGGCGCCAUCACCGUCGAGCUGCAAUCGAAGAAUAUCCCCGGCUUCGACAACUACAUGGAGUCGCUCACCCCGGAGAACAACCGGCGGAAUCCGUGGUUCGGCGAGUACUGGCAGGAAGUGUUCAGCUGCACCCUGCGAAAGAACCUCGCGAUGGUGGUCCCCGAGCGAAGUCUCGGACCGAAGACCAGCAAUCAGAGCAUCUGCGUCUCCACGCUCAGGCUGAACGCGGAGAGCGGUUACGAGCAGGAGUCCAAGGUGCAAUUCGUCGUGGACGCGGUCUACGCUUUUGCCCUCGCGCUCAGCAAGCUGCGCCAGGAUCUCUGCGGCCGCGGCGAGGGCAUGUGCUCGUCGAUGUCCAACUACGAUCGCGGCGCGUUCUAUAAGAAUUAUCUGCUGAACGUGUCUUUUGUAGACGCCGCCGGCAGCGAGGUGAAAUUCGACGAGCACGGAGACGGCCUGGCGCGAUACGAAAUCCUCAAUUUCCGUAAGGGGACGAACAACAAUGGCGGCAACGGCUAUCAUUAUCGGGUGGUGGGCAAAUGGUACAAUUCUCUGGACAUUCGCACGGAGGAGAUGGUGUGGGCGCGCGGGACGAAGGACAUACCGAUCUCCGCGUGCUCGCUGCCCUGCGAGCCAGGUAUGAUAAAGAAGCAACAGGGUGACACUUGUUGCUGGGUGUGCGACCAGUGCGAGGCGUACGAGUAUGUCUAUGACGAGUACACCUGCAUGGACUGCGGCCCGGGCCUAUGGCCGCACCUGGACAAACGGGGAUGCUACCAGCUACCGGUUCACCAUAUGAGGUGGAGCAGCGCCUUCGCCAUCGCACCCGCGGUAAUAUCCGGCCUGGGAAUCGUCGCGACCCUGGCGGUGGCCUGCCUGCUCUUCCAGCAUCGCGACACCCCGGUGGUGCGCGCCUCCGGACGAGAGCUCACCGUGAUCCUGCUGGCGGGCGUGCUGGUGUGCUACCUGAACACCUUCGUGCUCCUAGCCACGCCAACCACAGCGACCUGCGUCCUCCAGCGAUUCGGCGUCGGCGUGAGCUUCAGCGCCGUGUACGGCGCCCUGCUCACCAAGACUAACCGAAUCGCCAGGAUCUUUGACUCGGCCUCGAGAUCCGCCGUCAGACCGCGAUACAUCAGCCCCACGUCGCAGGUCUGCGUUGCGGCCGCGCUGAUCGCCUUCCAGGUGGUGCUAACACUGAUCUGGAUGAUCCUCGAGCCGCCGGGUACCAGGUACUCGUAUCCAGAUCGCCGUCAGGUGAUCCUCAAGUGCAACAUCCAAGACAUGAGCUUCCUGUUCUCCCAACUGUACAACGCCCUGCUGAUCCUCAUCUCGACCGUGUACGCGGUGAAGACGCGUAAGAUCCCGGAGAACUUCAACGAGAGCAAGUUCAUCGGCUUCACUAUGUACACCACGUGCAUCAUCUGGCUCGCAUUCGUGCCGAUCUACUUCGGCACUGGAAACGCCCACGAGACGCAGAUCACGACCCUUUGCGUGGCGAUCAGCCUGAGCGCGUCCGUCACCCUGGUCUGCCUCUACUCGCCCAAGGUCUACAUCAUCGUCUUCCAGCCGGACAAGAACAUACGCGGCAAGGUCUGCAUGGGCAGCACGUUCAAGAAGCAGAGCAGCAGCGCUGGCGCGUCCUCCAUGACGAAAUACACGGGCUGUGAGUCGGCGAGCGAGAACGUGCCCCUGCAGGGCGCCCUGACCGCGGCGGUGCGGACGUCGGUCGGGGUCACUGAGAUCUCCCUGACAUCCAGCACCACCAGCAAGACCAAUAACGAGCAAGUGGCGCAGUUAUAAAUUCUCAUUAUGACUACUUGGAGGUGCACGGAGACACGCACAGCAGCGGCUACCGUUGGACGCGCCGCAGAAGCGCAUCUGGACUUCUGGAGAGACAUUGAAAAUAUGGAAAUAUGCAAACUGCAUAAUAUUGAUAAGUCUAAAUUUUAAUCUGUUAUCGGGGAGAUUGAUAAUCGAACUGAAAAAUUCGAGAGUCGCUAUCGGCGAGGACGCUGAGCGCCCUGCCACCGUUAUCGUUCACAGCAUCUAUUGUCAAUCGAGAAAGAGAGAGAGAGAGAGAGAAACACAGAUGCAUUGAGAAAAAAAUUGUUAACUUGAAUAAACUUUUUAACCUGAUUAAAUUUCUUUAAUUCAAGUAUAAAUAAAUAUAUAAAAACAAAAAAAUAAAUACGUAAAUACUUGAAUUAUAAAAAUUUAAUCCUAGAGUGUUAUUCAUGUUUUUUUUACAUUAACAUUAAUUUAGUGGAAAUUAUCCACAUAAUCAAGAAUGUUUUAAAAACUUUUUCUAUUAUAUAGGUUGCAAGGUGUUAAAAUAACUAACACUAUUUUAAUAUAAACAAAAUAUUUUUUCAAACUAUCAAAAUUUUAAUAAUAAAAAUUUAGCUAUUAAACUUAAAUUAACAUAAAAAUUCACUCAUAGAACUCCAGGAUUAAUUAAGACGAAAAAUUUAAUCAAGCUAAUAAAGCAUUCUAAAGUUAAAUUUUUUUCAGAUCGAGUAUGUAUAUUUAAUUUAUAUACAUGGAUACUGAAGAAAUUUAAUCAAAUUAAUAAUAAUUUAGAGUUAAUUUUUUCAGUCCGGGUAUUUAAAUUAAAUGUAUAAAUAUUUGAACUAAAAAAAUUUAAUUACGGAAUACUUAUUAAUUUGAUUAAAUUUUUCAACUUGAUUAAAUUUCUUCAGUAUUCAUAUAUUCGAAUUAAAUAUAGUGGAAAAUAGGGUUAAUUAAAUCUAUUUACUGUUUUUGCUCUAUAUAAAAAGUGAAGUCUGAUCAUUAAACUGAAAAUAUUGUUGGAAAGAUAAUUAAAUUCCCUUCAUUUUUGCUGCAGACUAUUUUUGAUGUAUCUCUCACCUAUAUUGAACUAUAAUGGAAAAUAGAAAUACACUGUUUUCAGUGAUUCCAAAUCAGACCAUCUCCUGUUCCAAAUUGGAACUCUUCUAUUUUUGUCGGUUUUUUUAAAUAGAAUUUUAGAUUUUUGCAAGAUUUUAAUGUAUUUUUUUAAAUAUUGAAUAAAAACCAGCAAAAUUCUAUUGAAAAAGAUUUGUGAAAAUUCAAAUAAAAGGGAAGCAAAAAGAGGAUGACAUAAAACAAGAGAAACACAUCAAUUUGCAUGAAAUUUUCUAAUGCCUAUAAAUUUUCUAAUGUAUCUUAAACCAAUUAUUACCUUUUAAAACUUUUACACCUUUUACACAAUGAUUAAUAAGGAUUAUCUAUUUUUGACAAAAUUUUCGCACGAUGGCUGAAAAUACACAUUCACGUCUGUUCUAUGAAUAUUAUAACAGAGAACUAUCAAAUUCCUGUCACAUUUUCGGUUUCUUAUAAUAACUUGACAUAAUAAAUGGCAAGCAAAUCUUCUAAACCAUUCAUUUAAAUUAAAAAAGUAUUUGAAAUAAGAUUCGAUUUACUUCACUUUAUCUUACUUAUUAACUUAAUUAAAUUUUUUAAUUUGAUUAAAUUUUUUCAGUAUUUACGUACUUAAUUUAAAUAAUAUAAAUACUUAAACUAAAAACUUUAGAAUGCUUUUAAUUAUUAAUUAAGCAUUUUAGAGUUAAAUUUUUUCGAUUCGAAUAUUCAAAUGUUUAAUUUAAAUUCGUAAAUACUGAAGAAAUUUAAGGAAGUUAAUAAGCAUUCUAGAAUUAAAUGUUUUUACUUCAAGUAUUUAUACAUUUAAAUUAAAUAAAUACUUGAACUAAAAAAAUUUAAUCAAGUUGAGAAAUUUAAUUAAGCAUUCUAGAAUGAAAUUUUCUUAAUUCAAAUACUUAUAUAUUUAACUUGUAUACAUAAACACUGAAGAAAUUUAAUCAAGUUAACAACUUUUUAUCUCGGUGUGCAAAGAUCUCAUUAUUACGAUCGCUGUUGUCGUUAUUGUUACUGUUGUCCUUGUGCAUAAAUUAUAUAUGUAUAUAUACACAUACACACAUGUACACAUACACAUACACACAUGCGCAUGAAAAAGAUACACACACAUACGUGUACGUGCAUUUAUCGAGCAAGUGUAUACUGUGUGACCCACUAACUCUAGUCGUGAGCACCCCGUGACUUGUAUGAUUUCGAUUUAGGAGCGUAAAUGUUGAUCUCGCGCAUCAUCCUUCCACCUUGUUAACUCCUCGUUUAUUUAUCGGACAGGUUCAACACCGGUGCAAUCCCCUUACCUUCCACAAACCCUUCUUCCCGAGAGCGCCUUCCGACGAGAUAAUCGUAUACAGUGGACAAUAAAUAAAUGUACUUAAAGCGAGCAAUUAACCUACCCCGGAAUGUCGAGAUCUCAGCAAACACCAAGUUACAGUAAUAUAAAUGUUACUUGUAAUUUCCCAUAAUAAUUUCAACAAUGUAAUUGUUACAUAACAGGUGUGUUAUAUAAUAGCUAUCUUAUUGAGUGGAGAAAUUACAACAUAACAUUUAUGUAACUGCAACUUUGUAUAUGCUGGAAUUAUUAUACGGAAACACACACAAUGUUUACGACUCGUUUCUCGGUCCCCCAUUCCUCUCGCCCUCCUACCACUUUUUCCUACACACAUUUUAAAGCAACUCGCGAAACUGCAAUCGAGGGUUUCGGAAAUCGCGCGAAAUUUUCACCUCGAACGUUCGUUCUCUCGUUUUGGAAAUAUAUUAAUUGUAUCCCUUCCGCGAUAAGCGCAUAAAGAGAAAAUUCCUUUUAUAUACACGUAAUCGCCGUCUAUUCUCUUUUCUCCCUUUUUCCUAUUACGUCGGGUUUCAUAGGAUUUUUGGAACGUUUGAUCAAUUUUGUGAAUAACCGAGGAGGAAGAGCGUUAAUAUUGUAAUGGCGAUUAAAUCGACUCCCGCGGCCGCCAAAGUCAAAGUGACGUACAAAAAAAAAGAAUGAAAGAGAGGGAGAGACAGAGAGAAAGAGAAAGAGAGAGAAGGGGAGAAAAAUAUACUAAUAUCUUUUCUAUUGUAACGAGCGCGGUGAGAAAGAGAGAUAGAUGGGAUCUGGAAUAAAACAAUUAUUGAAUGGCG